UACUUCCGCUUUGAAUGAACAACAUGAUAGCUGUGCUGUGUUGUAAAGUUAUCAGUUUACAGGUUGAAGAAUGGGGAAAGAUGGCUUUAGAUGUGUUGAAUGUAACGAAAAAGCACCAGAGUUACACCGGGAUUACAGCAACGGGAUCCUGAAGAUAACAAUAUGUGAGUCGUGUCAGAAGCCAGUGGACAAAUACAUUGAAUAUGACCCAGUUAUCAUCCUGAUUGAUGCCAUUUUGUGCAAGACGCAGGCUUUUAGACACAUUUUGUUCAACACAAGCCUGAAUAUCCAGUGGAAGUUGUGUGUGUUCUGCCUGCUGUGUGAGGCGUACCUCAGGUGGUCUCUGCUGCACGGCACCGAGCAGAGCAGCGACCCCGCGGACAUCAUCCGGUACACCAAGGAGUGGGAGUUCUACGGCAUGUUCGGAUUGGCCGCCCUCGAGCUGUCUGCGUUCUGCGUUGCCGUGCUGUUGUUCCUCAUGGUGGUGGUGGGGGGUCUGCAGGGCGCGACCCUCGACCUCCGCCUGCUGCUCCGGGCUCUGCUGCUCUCCUGCUACGGGAAGGUCCUCCUCAUCCCCGCCGUCAUCUGGGAGCACGACCACUCCCCGCUCUGCCUGGGCCUCAUCAAGAUGUUCGUGCUCACCUCCAACUCGCAGGCUAUCAGAGUGAUCCUGAACAGCAGCAGGCGUCUCUCUCUGUUGGCCGUGUGUGUCGGCCUGCUGUCAGAAACCUGCGUGGCUCAGGCUUCUGAGAAGCUUCUGUGGAGCGCCCAGGACAUUUUGACUUUUGAUUGAACGUCCUCAGACUGAGAGAAAUGUCAGUUAUCUCAGGGAUGGACAAGUGAUGCCAAACAGUGCUUGAGAACCCUGUACACAUGAGGUUGGAGAAGAAAGGUGUUUGCUGCUCAUAUCCAGUUCUCAAUCUGAGACAGAGAGCAGCAGAAGAGACAUUAUAAUGACUGUUAUUCUGUACUCUUUACAGAGAUAUGAUAUAUCUUCAUUUUGGAGAGAUAUUUAGGAGGUGGCAUUGGUCAUCCUGUUGUUUUUUUAUCGUGGUUUUCAAGUGGACAAUGUGCUUAAGAUUCCUGUCAUAUUUUAAUAAUGUGACAAUAAGUACUUCUCUGUUCGGACAGGACUGUGACUACACUCUUCACAUUCUUUGGCUCAUUCUGAAAUGCUUAGCUUAACACACACACACACACACACACACACACACACACACACACACACACACACACACACAGUACAUUGUAAGAAUAAAUGGGGAUAAUUAAUAAAUAAAGAAUCCAGGAUUUACUUUCCCAUUAUUUAUUGCAAUGCUGAAAGCGUAUAUAGCCCAUACUGUAUAUAUAGGAGGGACAAUGACAGCUCAUGUAAAAGUUUGGGUUUGACUAGAUGUGGAUUUUGCAUCAGUGUUAAUCAAUUACAUCUCAGAAGAGAACGAAAAAUGCCUUACAAAGCGCAAAGUGAGGGCUUCAAUGUGCUUGUUUUGUCUGACCAACAGUCAAAAUACUAGGGGUGGGAAUCACCAGGCUCCCCACGAUACGAUACUAUCGCGAUACUUAAGCCACGAUAUGAUAGUAUUGCGAUUAUUCUACGAUAUGCUAAGUAUUGCGAUACGAUAUAUUGCGAUAUUGCAAAUCCCAUGGGUCAUAUCCAUGUCCGUCUUCCCCUCCUGGUUAAAAAAUGUAUUUGCAAUAUGAAUAGUUUAUGUCAAUAACCCA